AGGAGGGCAGGAGUGAGAGUGAGAGAAGGAGAGGGGAAGAGCAGGUCGAGAAUCCAAGUCAAGUGAAGGCAAGAAACCAGAGGACCAGGACACAGUAAGCGGAAGGAGGAGAGGAAAUCAAAUCUGAACGAGAAAGAACAAAGAGCAGACUACGACUUUCAAGGACAAUGGCUGAAGCAAUCCGAACACGCCCUUCAAUCGCUCCCUCUGAUGGUAGAAGGGCAUGCCUGCUCGCCGUCCUCCUACUUGGUCAAGCAGCAUCGUCCUGUUGUUGGAUGACUCUUCCAGUCCUCCGAGCUCGGGAUGAAUGUGCGAUUCAACUGGGACAGUGGAGCCAUGGCGCUCUGGGGGCUCAAUGCUUGAAGCCAUCGCCAUGCUCACAUGCUACGAAGGAACGAACGUCGAGCAUGCUCGCAGGCACAACCAUGGUUGACGGAGCUGUGGGUGCAAUGCCGAGGAGGACAAUAAUUCUUUCAGCAGUGGGACUUUCAGUCCUGCUGGGCUACUCGCCUCCUGCAUCUGCCGUAUCUUACUCAACCAAGGGCUUGGUGAACACGAUCAGGCUGAAGGAGGGAGUACGCUACUUGCUCCUCUACAGCUUGACAGGGAAGGAGGUCGACAGCUUUCAGCAGGAAGUCAAGUUUCUGUUCAGAGAUACGAAUCCUUCAAGGAACCUGGAGGCCGCGGUCGCUGCACAGCAGGCUUGUAGCGCCCUGAUCGACGACUCGGAGGAGCCGCCCAGACUCACGCCCAACGCGGUGCAAGCUCAGCUGUCAGCUGGGAAGAUCGUGGAGUUCCUGUCCAAGCUGGUUGAGUACGACGGUUGGGACAAACUUGACAAGGAAGACAUCAACCCAAAGUUUCAGCGCAUGACCGAGCAGAAAAUCAAGUUUGCUACGCGCGGGCUGAACGCCAUCAUAGAAGAGAUUGAUCAUUUCCUCGCUCUGUUUCCGGCCGAUCAAGUCCGGGAGGCGCAGGAGGUGUACAACGAGGUGUUCGCUCCCAAGUACGAGAGCUGAGAACUCGAGGCAGACGGAGGCGAUCUUUCAGACCUCUCACGCCGUUAGCUGGGGAUGAGUUGGGACUUCGAGCUACGAAGUGCGAUGGAUUCAUGUCAUCAUUCCGUCGCAUCCCAUGCUUUUCCAGACCUGUUGCGCUAGUCAACAACAAGUGAAGGGGAGAAAGGAAAACGUCAACGUCGAGAGUCCGAUUGCUGGCCUGUUCAGAGAUCCUCCCUGACACCUGCAGGCAGUCGCAUCAGCUGGGAAAUAGCUGGGGGGCUGCCUUACGAUUCCUCUCUUGACUUUAAUGGAAGGCAUUCCGUGAUGAGUCGUCUUGGGCCAGCAGCUCCCGCUCUGAGAUGUUACAGUAAAGAUACGAAGCCCUG